AUGUUUAGACAGGUCAAGAGAAAGACUACUGGUAGAAGAAACUUUGAAGAUAAAAAGUCGUCUUUAGCCACAGCUGAAUUUACUCUACCGAAAUUAUAUUCAUCAAGACUAUCAUUUUAUGAUUUACCACCCAACCAAGAGAUUACUUUGGAGGAGUUUGAGAAAUGGGCUAUUGAUAGGUUGAAAAUUCUUAUUGAAAUUGAAUCGUGUGUUGCUAGGUCCUCAUCACAAAAGGAUGUUGAACUUGCAUUGAAACCACUCUUGCUCAAGUACAUGCCGUUGAGUCCUCAUGGAGAUGAAAAGACAGUUAUGCAGGAGCGUAUGAAGGAUUAUUAUAGUCAUUUUAUUCUUCGCUUGGUAUUUUGUCGUACUGAAGAGUUGAGAAAGAAGUUUAUCAAGAAUGAGACAAUCUUGUUUAGAAUUCGAUACAAUUCAAUGCAACCUAAAGAGCAACAAGAGUUUAUUGAGUUGAAUCUGUACAAGUUAUCGUGGUCAUACAUUUCCAGAGAGGAAAAAACUGAAUUGAUUGAUAAACUUUUCGCUGCAAGUUGUUCAAUGUUGAAGCAGCAUUAUGCAUCUGAUGGAGAAACUAAUUUGACCAAUGAUCAAGUAAAACAAUUGAUGAUUAACAAGGAAAAUUUUAUCAAAUUGCCAUUUGAAAAACUUUGUCAAUUGGUAUCAUCUAGAUCGGUUUAUUUACAAGGUGGUUAUGCUUAUUUACCUACAAGUUUACAACUGAAUUUAUUAGUGGCUGAAUUUCAAGAGAAUUUGAAUGAUAUCUUGAUCAAGACUUUUCAGGCAAUUCCAAGACUAGAAGAAGAUGACCGACUCUUGCCCUUGCUCAACCACUUGUCACGUAAUUUCUCCAACUUUCAAUAUGAGACUGAUAUCAAUAGUGAACUUGCGUCCGACAUCAAUGCCUUAUCAAUCACAUCAAAGCAAAUCAUGGCUCAUUAUCCACUUUGUGCUACCCACUUGCAACGCAAUUUGAUGGCGACUUCACAUUUGAAAUAUUUGGGACGUCAACAAUUGGGUAUUUUCUUGAAAGGAAUUGGGCUAAAUGUUGACGAAGCUGUCAAAUUUUGGGCUCAACAAUUUACAAAGAAUGGAAACAUGACUCAAGAAACAUUCAACAAAAACUACAAGUAUAACAUUCGACACCAGUAUGGUUUAGAAGGUGCUAGAAUCAAUUAUAGACCAUGGGAUUGUGCCACUAUUUUGAGUAAACCCAAACCGGGCCCCAAGGAAUAUCACGGAUGCCCCUAUCGUGAUUAUUCUGAACCACAAUUGAGAUCAAGUCUUGAAGAAAUGGGGAUCAAGAAUCAACAGGAUAUGAAUUCAAUCAUGGAUAAUGUCAAUAAUCAUGAUUACACCAUUGCUUGCACCAAAGUUUUUGAAUUGACUCAUCAAAAGGAGAUUAUGAGUGCUGCAAAGGGACAAGGGAAUCAUCCACCUCAAUUGGAACAUAUUAAUCAUCCUAAUUUGUAUUUCGAUAGGAGUAGACAAUUGGAGAGGUCCGAGUUGAAAAAGGAUGACGCGAAGGAAGAUUAA